AUGAUGAACGUCGAAACCUCUGCUGCGGUCGACUUCCAGAUGCACAUCCCGGGCCUCUCCCCGCGGCGCGUGUACCGCAACCUGGCUGCGCCUGCACUGUAUGAGCUGGCGCUCAAGCACGAGCCAGGCACUCUCAUCACCUCCACUGGCGCGCUUGCCACCGUGUCUGGCGCCAAAACGGGCCGCUCCCCCCGCGACAAGCGUGUGGUCCGGGAGCCGGGCACCGAGAAGGACGUGUGGUGGGCGGCCCAGGGCAGCGGGUCCCCCAACUUUGAGAUGGACGAGAGGUCGUUCAUGCUCAACCGCGAGACCGCCCUGGGCUACCUCAACUCGCUGCCGCACGUCUUUGUGUUUGACGGCUACGCCAACUGGCACGCCGGCUCGCGCAUCAAGGUGCGCGUCAUCACUGAGAGGGCCUACCACGCGCUGUUCAUGUCCAACAUGCUCAUAAGGCCCACCCCCGCCGAGCUGGACGACUUUGGGGAGCCCGAGUUCGUCAUCUUCAACGCGGGUGCGCAGCGACGGCUGCCGCUUCCCCCCGACCCGAAAAGUCCUUGA